AUGACGGAGGUAUUAAGUGACGCCUCCACUUAUAAAAAGGUGGAUAAGAAUCCCAUUAAACAGAUCACAACUAAGAUUAACCAACUCGUGAAGUCGUGGCAUGACAAUGACAUCAUUGAUUAUCAAAUCUUCAAACAGUUAUAUUCAUUGUUCACCAACAUCCCGAACGAGUUGGUGUAUGAAUCGGUGAGAAAAAGAUGGCAUUAUAUCUCACAAAAUACUGAGCUCAGUUUGUCUCAGUUCCUCCAUGCCAUAGAAUUAAUUUUACAUUCCACUAGCUUUUGUUUCGAUGGCCAGUUCUAUGAGCAGAUCUAUGGUAGUCCCAUGGGAUCUCCCCUCUCUCCAAUAUUGGCUGAUAUGGUCAUGAAGGAUCUUGAGACUCACUGUUUAAGUUUGUUGGACUUCGAUGUUCGUAUCUACCUCCGCUAUGUAGAUGACGUUUUUACCAUAGUGCCGAAACGAGCUAUAAAUGCUUUAUUGGAAGCGUUCAAUGGUUACCACCCACGGUUGCGUUUCACCUACGAAAUUGAAACUGAUGAUUCGUUGCCGUUUCUGGAUACUAUUAUGAUUAGGGACGACGAGCGUUUCCAUCACGCCAACAUUAAUAUUAUUAAAGAUAUCCUUGUGAAUAGCUUCCCGAUUAAGUUGGUUAAUAAGCAUAUUAACAAUAGAUUGCGACAAUUAGAAAAUAGAAGGGACUUGAGCGCUAACAAUUCCGAACGCGACAGCACGUUUGAUGUACGCAGAUGUGUGGUGAUCCCUUACGUGAAGGGCUUAAGCGCGGGCAUACGGGAUACUCUUGAGAGAGUCCGCUGUGACGUGGUAUAUAAGAUACCGAAAAAACUCAGUGCUGUCAUCAGGAAAAGUAAGGACAGAUUAGCGACCAACAAGGAAACUAAUGUAGUUUACAAAAUUGAUUGCGAGAAUUGCGACGCGUCCUACAUUGGCCAGACGAAGAGACAUCUUGAAACAAGAUUGAAGGAACAUUUCAGCGAUAUUAAAAAACAUGACAGCAAUUUCUCUGUC